CCUGAGAUCCUAGAGACUAGGCAGUUCCGGCGGCGCCGCCUCCGCGCCCCGGCUCGGGCUGCAGGUGGAGGAGGAAGCUCCGCGCUCAGGGGGCGGGAAGCGGCGCUGGAGCCGGAGCUGCCGCAGCCAGGUUUCCAGAUGGACCUAAAUGUACUGAAAUGGCUUGUGACCUGCCCAGCUUAGAUACAUCUUGUCUCUUACUGUUAUAUUGCUGUGAUGGUGGAGAUGAUAAGUAGAAAUGAAUCCUGUACUGCAGGGCAGAUCCCUAUGUCCUACUUAACCUGCCUGGCUUACGUAUUGGAAGAAUGGACUGGUGUGGAGUACAUUGAGGACUAUCUGAAUUAUGUCGCCUAUCUUUUAUGGCUGUUUACACCGCUCAUAAUAGUUUUUCUACUUCCUGGGAUUAUUCUCCUCUUCCUCUACUUCUCUAUUAUUUUUCUUUAUAUUUAUAAGAGGAAGAAAGAGUUAAAGGAGGCUUAUUCCAAUGACUUCUGGGAUGGUGCAAAGAAAAUGCUAGCAGUUAUAUGGUAUGGACAUGCAAGAAUAUGGCAUGGUUAUGAAGUUCAUGGUCUAGAAAAAAUCCCAGAAGGACGUGGGCUUCUUAUUUAUUAUCAUGGAGCGACUCCUGUAGACUAUUUCUACUUUGUAGCCAAACUUCUUCUAGUGAAGAAUAGAAGCUGCUAUUCGGUAGCCGAUCACUUCGUCUUUAAAAUACCAGGUUUCAAACUGUUACUUGAAGUUUUUGGUGUUAUGCAUGGACCACAGGAAAGGUGUGUUAAAGUCCUGAAGAAUGGCAAUUUGGUGGCCAUCUCACCAGGUGGAGUUCGAGAAGCCCUCUUCAGUGAUGAAACAUACGUUCUCAUGUGGGGUAAUCGUAGAGGCUUUGCUCAGGUGGCUAUUGAUGCAGAAGCGCCCAUCAUUCCUAUGUUUACACAAAAUGUUCGGGAAGGAAUUAGGACAUUAGGAAGAAUAAAGUUAUUUAGGCGGAUGUAUGAAUAUUUUCGGUUGCCAUUUGUUCCUCUAUAUGGAGGGUUUCCAGUCAAAUAUCGUACAUAUAUUGGAGAUCCUAUCCCCUAUGAUCCAAAUCUAAAUGCUGCAGAAUUAGCUGAAAAGGCCAAGAAUGCAAUCCAGUCAUUAAUAGACAAGCAUCAGAAAAUACCAGGAAAUAUAUUUAGGGCUUUAAGGGAACGAUUUGAGACACAAGUGAAAGAAGAUUGAGGUCAUUUGUGUAACAAAGUAGACAUGUAUUUUCAAACUAUGUUUGUAACUUGUAAUUCUUAUUGAAAAGUGAUCUUCUAAAACUUAAUUAGGAAAUGAACAUUCUGUAUGACAUUCUUCUUUUUAAAUGUAAAUGUUUUCUGUAUAAUUUGAGAGACAAGCAAUAUUUCCUCUCCCUCCUUCCCCUACCAUCCCCCUAAGAUGAUUAGUAGGGGCCCAAACCUGCAUUCUGAAUCAGGUAAAAAAAA